UAUAAAACAUGGGCAAUUAUCCUCCUAAUGUCGCUAACCAGCAGGCAGCCAAACAUCCUAAGCCAGAUUCGCAAAAGAAAAAGAAAAAGCCUAAGAUCAACUACAAGAACGCUCAGGAUGGAGACAUUGACUUUACUGAAAUUGAGAAAGCCCAUGCUAAAGAACGAAGGAAAAAGAUAAACAGAGCCAGAAGGCUAAGAAAGUUGAAGAAACUCAAAGAAAUGAAGGAUGCGGAAUGAGGUAUUGUGAAGUGUAUCUUAAAAGGAUUAUCUUCAGAAAAAAUGAUACAGAGAGGAAUGCUAAGCAGAAGCUGUUUAUAAUAAAUAGCUACUGAAAGCCAAAGGUAUCAAAAUAAAAUUCUAGUUAAUUCUUUCUAAGUCUUAAUGAAUAAAUCUGAUGCCUAAAGCUCUACAGACCAU